AUGGUCAAGGAUACCAAGCUCUAUGACUUCCUCGGGGUUCCCCCAACAGCCUCUGAGAGCCAACUGAAGUCCGCCUACAAAAAGGGUGCACUCAAGUAUCACCCUGACAAGAAUGCCGACAACCCCGAUGCCGCUGAGAAGUUCAAGGAGCUAUCCCACGCCUAUGAGAUUCUGUCCGACCCCCAGAAGCGUCAAGUCUACGACCAAUUCGGCGAGGAAGGUCUUGAGAAUGGCGGCGGUGGUGGCGGCAUGAAUGCCGAGGACCUAUUCUCUCAAUUCUUCGGCGGCGGUGGUGCGUUCGGUGGAAUGUUCGGUGGUGGCAUGCGCGAGCAGGGUCCCAAGAAGGCCCGUACCAUCCACCAUGUGCACAAGGUUAACCUCGAGGAUAUCUACCGUGGAAAGGUAUCAAAGCUUGCUCUGCAGAAGUCAGUUAUCUGUGCUGGCUGUGAUGGUCGUGGUGGCAAGGAGGGCGCUGUCAAGGAGUGCUCUGGCUGUAACGGUAGUGGUAUGAAGACCAUGAUGCGCCAGAUGGGCCCCAUGAUUCAGCGUUUCCAGACUGUUUGCCCUGACUGUAACGGUGAGGGUGAGAUUAUCAAGGAUAAGGACCGUUGCAAGAAGUGCAACGGGAAGAAGACUGUUGUUGAGCGCAAGGUUCUGCACGUCCACGUCGACAAGGGUGUGCGUGACGGCCACAAAAUCGAGUUCCGCGGCGAGGGCGACCAGAUGCCUGGUGUGCUUCCUGGCGAUGUUGUUUUCGAAAUUGAGCAGAAGCCACACCCCCGAUUCCAGCGCAAGAACGACGACCUGUUCUACCAGGCUGAGAUCGACCUGCUUACCGCGCUUGCUGGUGGCACCAUCCACAUUGAGCACCUUGACGACCGCUGGUUGACCGUCAACAUUGCUCCAGGCGAUGUUAUUGUUCCAGACGCCAUCAAGGUCAUUGCCGGCCAGGGUAUGCCCUCUUUCCGCCACCACGACUACGGCAACCUCUAUAUCAAGUUCGACGUCAAGUUCCCCGAGAAGGACCAACUCCAGAACCUUGAACUUUUGGAGCAGGUUCUCCCACCCCGUAUGCAGCAGAUUCAGCCUCCACCUGACGCCAUGGUCGAGGACUUCGAACUUGAAGGUGUCGACGGCAGCGAGGGCUCGCAAGCCCGCGCUCACGGCGCUGCUGGAUCUGCUAUGGAUGAGGAUGAUGAGGACGUGCCUCCCGGUGCUGAGCGGGUACAGUGUGCCUCGCAGUAA